AUGAUACCAAAAUAUGCCCAGCAUCCUCUUUCCUUGUAUUUUGCCAUUGAUGAGGUCAACAAGAAUGCCAAGCUGUUCCCCAACAUCACAAUAACACUGCAGAUUUAUCGAAACAGUUUCAAUGCCUGGAAGGCCAGUAAGCAUGUUUUAAAUUUUCUGUUUCUCAGACAAGGGAGUCCUAUCAACUUCAACUGUGUCAGAAGAAGGAAUCUGAACUUCUUGCCUAUCAUUGGUGACCUCACCUCGCUCAAUUCCAUCCAGAUGGCCCACAUGUUGAACAUCUACAAGUUUCCACAGCUGAAUUAUGGCUCCUUUGACCCAGUCCUGAGUGACAAAGGGCAAUUCCCUUCCUUCUUCAGAGCUAAACGCUGCACUGGGAGGGAAAAACUCAAUGAAGCUUCUGGCUCCGUGUUUGAAAUGACCAUGUCUGGAGAGAGCUACAACAUCUACAAUGAGGUUCAUCUUGCAGCACAUGCGCUUCACUAUUUUCUGAAAAACACCCGUUUUAAUAACAGUAUGGGAGAAGAAUUUUUUUUUGAUGAGAAAGGGGAGUUUGACCCGGGAUACGACAUCUUCAACUUUGUCUCCUUCCACAAUAAAUCGUUCCAGAGAGUCCGGAUUGGAAAGAUGGUCUCCAAAUCUCUUGAUGGGAAGAAGUUCACCAUUAAUGAAAGUGCCAUUGUAUGGAAUCAGAAGUUUCAGCAGGUACCUCCCCGUGCCAGAUGUGUAGAGAGCUGCCGUCAGGGAUACAGCAGAGUUGUUCAGGAGGGAAAACAUAUUUGUUGCUACAAUUGUAGACAAUGUUCUGAAGGAAGAAUUUCAAUUGAAACAGAUGCUAACCAAUGUGAGAGAUGCCCAGGGGAUCAGUAUUCGAAUGCAGAAAAGAUCCAAUGCCUUCCCAAACGUUUCAGCUAUUUAUCCUAUGGUGAACCCUUGGGAAUCGUUUUGAUUUCCUUGAUCCUUUUCUUUUCAUUAGUUGUCAUUUUGGUGGCACUGGCCUUCAUUCUGCACUGGGACACCCCCAUUGUCAAAGCCAACAACAGGAACAUCACAUGCAUCCUUCUUUCCUCUCUCCUGAUGUGUUUUCUGUGCUCUCUGCUCUUCAUAGGUCGGCCUGGGAAGGUGACUUGCUUUCUCAGGCAAAUUAUGUUUGGCACCAUUUUCUCUCUCUCGGUUUCUUGUGUCUUGGCCAAGACCAUCACGGUUGUUUUGGCCUUCCUGGCCACUAAGCCAGGAAACCAGAUGAGGAAAUGGCUAGGAAAUAGACUGGCAGGAUCCAUCAUUGUCUUCUGCUCAUGUAUUCAAGCUAUUAUCUGCAUGAUAUGGUUGAUCAUGUCUACUCCCUUCCCUGAGUGGGACAUGCAUUCGCAGGUUCAAGAGAUCAUUGUUCAAUGUAAUGAAGGCUCAGAUGCCAUGUUUUACAUUGUCCUGGGCUACUUGGGGCUCCUGGCCACCAUCAGUUUCACUGUGGCUUUCUUUGCCAGGAAACUGCCUGAUACUUUUAAUGAAGCCAAGCUGAUCACCUUCAGCAUGCUUGUGUUCUGUAGCAUUUGGGUGUCCUUCAUCCCAGCCUAUCUGAGCACCAAGGGAAAAUACAUGGUGGCUGUGGAGAUCUUCUCCAUCUUGGGCUCUACUGCAGGUCUCCUGGGUUGCAUCUUCCUGCCCAAAUGCUACAUCAUUCUCUUGAACCCACAUCUGAACACAAAACAGCAUCUAACCAGGAGGACAGAUUAA